AACGCACUGGUUCCAGAAAAUCGUAAGCACCCGAUGAUUCUUCCCGCAAACCAUUUGUUCACGGAGAUGGUAGUAACCUACUACCAUCAGAAGCUUCUGCACGCUGGCCCACAGCUGAUGAUCGCUAGUCUUCGGGAACAGUUUUGGCCACUGAGAGUACGCAACUUGGCGCGGAAAGUGGUGCAAAGCUGUCUAAAGUGCUACCGUUGCAAACCGACCGUCCAAGAGCAGCUGAUGGGGGACCUUCCCAGCGAACGGGUGACUCCAACGUACCCGUUUUUAAAAACCGGCGUUGAUCUUUGCGGUCCGCUCUUCUAUCGUCACAUCGGACGCAAAACACCUCCGGUGAAAUGUUAUGUCGCCAUCUUCGUGUGCCUGGUCACAAAAGCGGUGCACAUCGAAUUGGUGGCAAACUUAACUACCGAUGCCUUCAUAUCUGCCAUGAAACGGUUUAUCGCACGACGCUCGAAGCCAGCAAUUAUCGAAUGUGACAACGCGAAAAAUUUCCAAGGAGCGUCCCGAGCACUGGCCGAACUUCUAACGCAAUUCAGAUCCCAGCAGCACCAACAUGCCAUCGUUUCCUAUUGCGUAGAAGAAGGAAUUCAGUUCAAGUUUAUACCCCCUUGCUCCCCCAACUUCGGCGGGCUCUGGGAGGCCGCCGUUAAGUCAUUUAAGAAACACCUCAAGUCAACCAUCGGUACAACGGUCCUCUACAAGGAUGAGCUGGAGACGCUACUCGUCCAGAUUGAGAGUUGUCUCAACUCCAGGCCACUCACCCAACUGUCCACGGACCCUGAAGACCUUGAGGCUCUCACGCCAGGACAUUUUUUGGUACAUCGUCCUCUAGUUGCUGCUGCAGAACCAUCAUUUGAAUCUAUGCCACAGAACCGGCUCGAUCGCUACCAGCAGACGCAGGAAUUUGUAAGAAGGAUAUGGAAACGUUGGAGCACGGAUUACCUUUCCGGUCUACUACCGCGUACUAAGUGGACUCGUCAGCGUGAUAACCUUGCUGUCGGGACAUUAGUGCUCCUGAAAGAAGAAAAACUGCCACCACUGAGAUGGUGCCUCGGUCGUGUCGUUCGAAUUUUCCAUGGCGAUGACGGGAAUGUUCGUGUAGUCUCGGUGAAGACGAAAAAUGGUGAAUUCACCCGUGCAAUUAGCAAGGUCUGCGUGCUUCCUAUCCAGCAGCCAGCAAGUGCUGAUGAGGAUGAUGUUCUCGCUGCAAUGUAGCAUCUUGCACACCCUACGGCGCCGUAGCGCCGUGUGUGUUGUCCCGUCAAACCAUCAAAUGCAAAACUAAUAUUUACUCUCGUUCCAUGCUUAUCCAAUGCUAACUUAUCCACCAAAACUGGCUACUCUGGCCGGUCAUCCGUUCAUUUCUGGCUUCUGGGAGGCAUCGUGAAACGCUGGCAAGGCUACUCGUCGAAGACACCACAACUACCAUGGUGGCGGAGGUCAACUUUCGCUUCAACCACAUCGCUGACGCUUCAAAUUCAUUGACCUCCGUAUUCAACCGUUCACAGUCCGAACACUCUCCAUGGCCGCCGAACAUGCUCCAGGAUACCAUCGUGCACAACAGAUUACGUCCGAAGGUUCAACGGCAAAAAGAAAAUACUAACCAUCAAUGACGACCGAGGUCCAGUAUCCUACCACAUUGAAGCCUGCUCCUAGUAAUGCUACCACCAAUGAAUGAAGAAUCGUGCGAAGAACGAAGUCGACGUCCAACGAAAUCAGAUUACCAUCCCGAGAUCGAAGUAGAUGUCAACAUCCUGAAGAUGCACUGUUGAGCGUACGAGUUGCGUGAAGAUCAACAACGAUGCAAGUCGUACCGACGUGUCACAGGGUCAGAGCCGACGUGCCACCAUGCCCAACCACCGACUGCGAGAGCCGAAGACCAGGAGUGCCAGAACAACAGUUUAGAGUAGUUACAUUAAACCUAAUGCAGCAUUUCAAAUGAAUUAG